GGAAGAAGCUUGAACAACUGAACAUAGCAUCAACACAGCAACGUUACUGCAACAGUAGCAGCAGCAUGACGAUGUUCAACGCCAUCAACAUGAACAUGAUGAACAUGAAGAUCAUCUCACCGUACAGGAACAAGCAGCAGACGUCACCGGUUUCGACGCUGGAUGGUGCGGCGGCGCGUGGGAGUCCGAGAUCGGCGGAGGAAGAAGAAGAAGAGAGGGUAAUUGCGGAGAAAGGGUUCUAUUUGCAUCCAAUUAGCCCUUUGUCUUCAGCCAACACUCCAAGAUCAAGAGGAUCUGAUCCACCUCAACUCUUACCUCUCUUCCCUUUGCAUCCCAGUUCUCAUAGCUCAUGACACACCUUUCUCAAUAUAUUACAUCUAUCAUUGCCAAGCUUAAAUCUCCUCAGCUAAAUGGUUCCCCAGAUCUGAAGCUUUUGACACAGCUCAUUGCAUCCAUCCAGAAAAGAAAUCAUAGAACUUGUUUGACAACCCAGAUUAGAGAAAAUCUGCAGCCCAUGGAGGGUACCAAUGUCAACUUAGUUGCCAUUCUUUGUCUUGGGGAUUUGAUAAAUCAGUGGUGUUUAAUUUAUCCAUUAGACAUGGUAAUGGAUGCAUCAUCUCUUGGAGAACAUAUAGAAUGUGCAAAGGUUAUCACCUUUACAUUCUCUGCUUGACCAAUGAUUACUUCAAUGAUGAAUGUCGCUGAGAUCUAGGGUUUUAAACUUUAAACUUUUGAUUCAGCCCCAGGAAUAGGUCAGCCAAGGUGAACCUGAAGAUUUUUCUGAUUAUCAUUUUUUUCAUGCCAAAAUAUAAUUCCCCUUCAACUGAAACCAUUGCACUUGCUCUUUCUUUCCUAUUUGAUGUUGACAAAGACUCUGAAGAACAGCCUCCGGUGAUCUGCAACGGUAAAGAAUUCAUCAACGGGAGUUUAUUGAACAUGUCGCGUAG